UUUCAUUCCUCCUGCAUCCCCGUACUCCAAGCAUCGCCCUUGAAACCCCUUCUCCUUCUUCCUAUCGGUUCAGAAACACUCCCCAGAAGCGCAAGGAUUUCGGAGACGCUAUGAGAUUUCUGAUACUCUGAUCAGUUACGGUGAUCCGCUAAGGUAGUAUCCAUGGCUGAAGCCCUAAGCCCCAAUCCGUCGACGGCGCUGAAGCAAAGAGCCACCGUCGCCUCUCGCAUCCAAUCUCCCAUCAGUCCCUUCUUCUUGGGAUCCAACGAUGACAAACUCGAACGCGCCCAGGCACGCGCUGCCCGCGCCGCCGCUAUUCGCCGCAAAACUGCCACUACCCCCGCUGCUGCUCCUCCUCCUUCGCUCGAUCCGUGCCUUGGCAAACAACAGAUUCUUGAGUUGUUUCAAAAUUGCAUCAAAUUGGCCAGCGAAAAUAAAAUUAAUCAGAAGAAUACGUGGGAGCUGGGUCUUAUAGACCACCUGUGUGAGAUUAUCAAAGUUGAAGAAGAAGAUGAUGCAGAGACGAAUUUUCAGAAGGCAAGUUGUACUCUUGAAGCUGGAGUUAAGAUUUACUCAUUGAGAGUGGAUUCUGUGCAUUCAGAGGCAUAUAAGGUCCUUGGUGGGAUUAAUAGAGCAGGUCAAGAAAAUGAACAAGAUACUGUUGUGGAGGAUACUGAUAUCAACAAUGGACUAGACGAAGGUCAUUCUAAGAAAGAACAAGAGAGGAAGAUGUCACCUCUAUCAACGCUGGAAUCAUCUUUUGAAGCUCUUAAUGUAAAGAAGUUUGAUGUUGCAUUCGCAGUGGAUCCACUCUAUCAUCAAACAUCUGCACAAUUUGAUGAAGGCGGAGCUAAGGGUUUAUUAUUGAAUAAUCUUGGAAUAUAUGGUGACUGCCGGGUGCUUUUUGAUUCGUCAGAAGUGCCAGGGAAGUGCAUGUCAAAUGGAACUCAACAUGAUAAAACAGACACAAUUGAUCUUUCUCUCAUCAGUGAAUGCAUUGAAAAUAUGGUGUCGGGCAUGCGUGAGAAAGAUGAAAUUUCACCCUCUCUUAAGCAUUUAGUUAAUCAAUUUGAUGAAGACAAUCGGAGGCCAUCGGAUACAUUCUAUAAAGUAACUGAACAAGCUGACACAGCUAAUGACAACAGAGCUGAGUGGGAGGCUGAUCAAUUUGAGAUCUGUGGGAGUUGGACCUCUGACCAUGAUGAGCCAACUUGCAUGGUUGAUGAAGAUAUUAGUCAUACAGAUUCAUUUUUCCCUAGUCAACAUGAGGAAAAUGAAUCAUUUUUUCACAAUCCUGACUUGGAUGACAGAUUUGAGAAAGUUGAUGGGUAUUUGCUUUUAGGAUUAGGAUUUACUUCAAAACAAAAUGCCUGGGCAGGUCCUGAUCAUUGGAAAUAUCGGAAACCUAAAUGUUUAGAGGUUGAUCCUGCUAAAGAAAAUGGAUCACUUUCAACGGCUAAGAAACCAAGGGGUAAAAAGCAACCUGAACUUGAUAUUGAUUUUACAAAAGCAUGGGACACAGAAAUGCCAGACAUCUUUGCUCCUCCCAGAAAUCCGAAGUCCUUACUACUCUCUGCCAAUAGAGUACCUUGUAAUACGAAACUGCCAGAAGACUGCCACUAUCAACCAGAAGAACUGAUAAAGUUAUUUCUUCUUCCAAAUACAAUGUGUCUAGGCAAGACAGGAAGAAAGUCUCUGGACGAACCGAGGCAGGAAAGUGAGAACGAUGCCCAAUUUCCAUCAUGGGAUGAUGGUGCAUUUUGUGAUGAAUAUGACAAUAGAAGUGGUCAUAGCGACAUAGAUGACUCAAGCAUGCUUGUUUCUCAGCCUCGCCAGGUGAAUAAAAUUGAAGUCCAGUAUGACAAAACCUCAAAACAAGUUGAUGUCCAAGCACUAAAGGAAACCCUUUGGGACUGUAUACAACGAUCUACUCAAAUGCCUAUUAUGGAAGAAAUGGUAUCAUUCAGGAACAUCUUGGCUAGUUUUCCAAGUGACUGCCAAGCAACCACAGCACGCGGUGAUAUCUCUCCUCAUUUAUGUUUCAUAUGCUUGUUGCAUUUGGCUAAUGAGCACGGUCUAAACAUCCGUGGCUGCAAUAGCUUGGAUGAUCUCAGUAUAUACCUUUUUUCGUAAAGAGACACGAGUGGUUUGAAGUUCUGUUGUGAUCAUGCUUCCUUGUGCUGUGAAAGGAGAGAAUUCCAUAAACUGCAUUGCUUUUGUCAUGAUUCGGUCUGAACCUUGUGUAGAAUUGCCAACUACCAUUUGUUAACACCUCGUCACAUUCAGUUCCUUUUUUUUUUUUUUUCUUCUUGCUUUGAUCCACAGCAAGAGGCGAAUUUUGGUCCUACCGCUGCAUGCCUUAUGCAAUGUAUUAGGUCUUUAGCUCUGAUCAGAAAUUUGGUUGCCUUGUAUCAAACUCCCUUUUUUUAUUUUAAAUGUUUUUUUUUUCAGGGGAAAAACUUUUACUGUACGGUUUGAUUUAUUUGUGUUGUGUUUGGUGUCUUAUAUUUUAUCCACAUGGUUUGUACC